AUGUUGCGCUUUAUACUCGGACUAUCCAUUGGUGGCGCUAUUACAACGAAAGCUGCUUAUAUUACAGAACUUCUACUUCCAAAACAGCGUAUGCUGAUUCGUGGAGUAUUCAACUGGGGUGUCGCCCGUAUUGCGCUCACCUUAGUAUGUAUGACGUUCCCCAAUUGGAGGACCGCUAGUAUCGCUUGCGCCAUCGGAAUGCUACCAGCACUCUUCAGCAUCGCAUUCAUCUUCCCAGAAAGUCCUACAUGGCUCCAUAGCAAGGGCCGGUUGGACGAAAUGAAAGCAGCUGAAAGAUAUAUUGCAAGUUUUGCUGGUGAGAAAUACGAACCUGUGCCUCAUAAACCUAUUGAGCACGUAAAGACCCUCUGGGAGAUGUGGCAAACUCGAGGCCUUUUUCGCCGUCUCAUCGUUUUAUGGCUGAUGUGGUUUGUCGCUGCUUUCUGUUCAUACGGUAGUGAUCUUAAUUCGAAUAACAUCUAUGGCAAUCUGUUCGUCAAUCAGAUCCUCUUCGGUGUACUCAUAAUGAUCUCAAAACUGAUUCUUCUCGGAGUGGACACGUGGUUCCCUUCGUUUAGUCGCCGCCAACUUCAUCAGGGCGCUCAGCUAGUGGUAUGCUUCUGUUUCCUCACUCUAAGCAUACUUACAAUGCGGCAGUAUACGGGUUGGGGUGUGCUCGUUGUGAAUCUAAUGGGUACAGUAUUUAACGAAUAUACAUGGGAUGCAUGCUUUCUAUGCACUGUCGAAUCCUUGGAAACGUCGUGUCGAGCGAGUGGUACGGGAAGCUGCUCACUUAUGGCGAGAAUCGGAGCUAUUUUAGCGCCUGUUGUGGGUGCAGUUACAUUCUUCAAAGCGCUCACCCAUAUGAACAACUUCUGGCCGCCUUCCGUGUAUUUCAGUAUUUUCGUGAUGGGAUCACUUAAUUUUAUCAUCUCGAACCGUUUUUUGAUAGAGACUAAAGGUGUCGAUCUCGAUAAUGUCGCCAUCGAUAAUGAUUCUGUCCCAAAAGAACACGAAGUGCUGUUAGGCGACAAUCUUCUAGCAGGAAAUGAUGGUGAUUCGCUCAUGGAUAAUCAGCGGUUGCCUGGAAGGAAAGCAUCUGUCGACAGCUGA